AUGCCAGCGUUUGGAACUGGUACUCCUUUCGGACAACAAAAAUUUGGAACUGGAUUAUCAUCAAGUUUUACACCUGCUUCUUCUGCACCACGGUUUGGAUUUGGGCUUACUUCUGCAUCUUCUGGGAUAGGGACCGGACUUACGGGGUUUAAUCCUUCACUUUUGGGAACAACACAUGGGGGUCUUGCGUCAGAAAUAGAAAAAACGCUCGUAAAACUAACGCAAGGGGGACAACUGUCAGCUAAUAUUACAAAAGCAACAAAAUUUUCAGAACUUACUGAACAAGAUCAAAAAUUAAUUACUGAUAUAGAACAAUUCAUACAAAACCAAAAAUUAAUAAUGUCGAGCAUUGAAUCCACGCAUCUACCGGAUUUGAAUGAUUAUGUAAAAGAAGUUGCUGAUGAAUCUCGAGCAUUGUUUCAGAAAUUAAACGCCUUGAAGAAUGAACUACAAACUGCCCAUAAUCUAAUAAACGAGCGAUUAAAGGAUCUAGGAGGUCAAAUCGCAAUUGUGGAUAGCGGUAAACGGUUUUACGAGGCGGCUUCCCAAGGACAAACCGGAAACAUUUUACAACUCGGAGAUAAUGUAUUUUCAAAAUAUUAUCAUGACCUUUUAAAUUCUUUCGAAGAACGAUUGAGGCAAUAUUCUACCACAAUUGAGGAAAUAGAUCGACAUUUUUCUUCGUUAUGUCAACAAGGCAAUGAAAACGAAAAUAAAGAUCUCGCCGCACUUAAUGAAUCUAUGCGUAGCCAACAUCAAAGUUUCAUGGCUGUUACUGGAAAGGUAGCAACAUUACACGAGGAUAUAGAAAACCUUCGAGAAAAAUAUCUAAAUUUUCGAAGAGUUCAUUUUCAUGAUAAUUCUAACCCAUUUGAAGUACAAAAAGAACCAAGUAUAGAUAGUUCGAGAGGAACAUCUUCCGAUGAAAGAAAGCCAGCACAGGAAUUGGCAAAAAAUCUUCCAGUUGUAACAUCAGCAGCCCAGCUUAAUCAAUUAAAACCACCUAGUCAAAUUGAUUUAAUCAAACCAGCCCCCCAACCUAAUAUGUUUGUCCAACAGGGCCAAUCUGGUUUAUUUGGACAAACCAGUCAACCUGGCUUAUUUGGCCAAUCAUCACAACCAAGUCUAUUUAAUUUAAAUCAGCCCAAACCAUCAACCUUAUUCGGUCAAACUACACAAUCGAACUUAUUCAACCUCGGCCAGACAAAACCAAAUUUAUUCGGUCAACAAAGUCAACCAAGCUUAUUUGGUCAAACUAGCCAACCCAGUAUGUUUGGUCAAACUAGCCAACCCAGUAUGUUUGGUCAGUCAAGCCAACAAAGUUUAUUCGGUCAAUCAAGCCAACCAAGUUUAUUCGGUCAGUCAAGCCAACCAAGUUUAUUUGGUCAAUCAAGCCAACCAAGUUUAUUCGGUCAAUCAAGCCAACCAAGUUUAUUCGGUCAGUCGAGCCAAACCAGCCAACCAAGUUUAUUCGGUCAACCUAGUCAAUCGAGUUUGUUUGGUCAACCAAGUCAGUCCAACCUCUUUGGUCAGCCAAGUACAACUACUAAACCCG